AUGGAAUCAACCAGCGAUAGUAUAAAUCCUUUAUUAAUAACAUCCCCUCUUGAUAGUAGAAUAAAAAAUGAUGAUUUAGUAGAUGACCCACCCUCAAGAAGUGUCAGUCCAGUACCAGAUGAUGAAAGGAAUAUCAGAAAAGAAGACUUUUCAAGUUCUGUUAUGGAUAAAAAUUCUACAUCAAGUGAUAUUUAUGACCAAAAUAAAAAUAGUCCAACAACAAAAGGUAUUAUUCACGAACAAAGUUAUUAUAAUAAUGAAGGUAAUGAAAAUACAACCAAAAUUCGAGAGGAAUUGGAUUAUAUUGAUGCUAAAUUAGAACUAAAACUAGCAGGGAUUAAUGCAAAAGUACUGAAAAAAAAGAAUAAAAUACUAAACAAACAACUUGAUCCUUCAUUUAAUGGAGAAAAAAAGAGAGUCCUUGUUGCAAUUCAGUCCAAUAAAAAUAAAAGAGAUCAAACAAAAGAAAUAUUUAAAAGAAAGAGAAGAGAGAAGAUAAGCCGUUUCCUUCAUUUGACAAAGACAAAUUAA